AUGUUUGCCAUUUGCUUGAUACUCUACAUGAUCGCAUCCCUGCUUUCGCGGUAUCCUUUCGAGUGCUACGAGACGUGGUGCGCGUUUCACUUGGACGAAGCAAAUCUGGUUCUUGGAAUGCCGCGCCUGCCGCGUCUCAGUUCGCGGACAGAGGUUUUGGCGCGGAGUCUUUGGUCCGUGCUUCCAGUGUUCGGAUUCGUAAUCGUUGCCAGUGUGCCCUCGCAGUCGCGACACCGGGUCCGACAUCUUUCGCAGGCCGGCGUACUCACUCACUCUGACGAAGAAGAGAUGGACGAGCAGGCCCGGGAAUCAUUGGAGGAAGCGAGACGCAGCGACUCGAAUCAACUACCGGAAGACACCAGGCCAACAAGCGCAACAAGGACUGCACGCGACACGCAUCUGUCUGAGCCCUCCGCUACCGCGCACAUGAUCACGAGAGGCUCCGAGGACGUGGUGUUGCUCGAGCGCGCAGAGUGGACGAAAACCUUGCAGGAUUUCAUUCACUCGGCCGCCGCGUGCGUGUCCUUUUCUGUGCUUCUGCUCUUCGAGUCCAUUCAACUGUUUUGGGGGGAAAACGUCCCCGUGUCGUACAUAACUGCCGUGUUCGACUCGAACGCGACAGCGUUCGGUACCGAAGCAGUGGCGUCGCGUGAACUAACGCCGCGAUCCCUGCAGGCAUACCACGUUGGGUGCAUCGACUGGACCACAUCCCCGCGACCGUGGGACCUUUUCGUUUGGCUCCGCCUCUGCACGCUCCUGACCACGUUGUUGGCUGGGUUGACCCUGGCUCCCAUCAUGUUCCAUAGAUCGUUGGCAGUGUCGGGCUCUUGCAGACAGCGCGAGUCAGUCUUGUUCAAAAGCAAGAAAAAUCGGCUGCGAGUGGCUCGAUUGAGUUUCGCUCUGGAGGUGUUUGCGUCGUAUGGGGUUUUUCUCCUGCCUCUCCUCGCAGCGUAUCAGCAGUCCCUCACCCUGAAAUUCGACAACAACAGUUUCUUCACGGAGGAGGUCGCCUGGCCAGCCUACCGCAAGUUGACUAGGAUCCUGCCGCCGGAGAAGCUGUAUCUGGAAGAAAGUGUGCCCUUUGACACCACGAACGAUCUGGACGCAACGGGUCCCGACGUGCUGCAAGAGAUGGAGAUGUUCUCUGCGUGGGACAUGGUGCCAUUUCCGGUCUUGUGGGAGAAGAUCGGCGUCACGGUUGCUAAGGCAGACUUGGCGCUCACCCGGAGGCAAGUGGCGCAGCAGCACAACGCGCAAACGCAAAAAGCACUGCUGUACGACAUGGAGCCGGUUGUGCGGGCGAAGAACAGAACCAUGCACGAAUUCAAAGAGACGGGAACAGAAGAGUGGAGCCUACUGGAUUUCAAAAAAUUGGGGAAGCAAUUACUGAGCGAUGAGACAAUGCUGCAAUUGAUUUCGGAUGAAGCAGCUGUAAUGGAAAAGUGAAGAAGACCGCAUGUGCUACGUACACUACAGAUGACCAGUGAUAGCUGUAAAACUUUGAAUUCUUGAUUGUCUACAUACAGCGCAGAGCGCAACUUUCGUUUGGAGGCACUUGUACAACACCCCUCCUUCGAUCUUCAGCAAUGCUGCGCCAUUUGAAGAUUCUCUUAGCUGACGUUGUCGCGGCCUCGUAGUGUCUAGAAGAUCAAUCACAAAAGAAAAGAAACAACAAUUGCUCCUCAGGUCGGAAGUUCAUGAAAAAUCGAUACUGGUUUACAAUGAUGCUGGUGCUCGUACUAGAUCAUUCGCGCGACAUUGAUUGCCCACGGACGGUGCGUCCGACAUUUCUGUUUGAAAAAA